CUUCUCCAUUAUCAUUCUAUUUAUAACCUCGCUGAUCGAUGGGCUCGUUGCGUUGCACAUGGAUCGUCUGAGGGCCGUAUCCAUUUGAUAAGCCGAUCUGCCGUCAUCCCCGCGAUUUGUAUGGACAGCCUCUGGAACGAUGGAGCUGGACACAUCAGCUCCCUUUGCGAUGACUCCAAACCCCACCACAACAAUGGUUAGAGUGGUUGAGCACAACCAGUAUCUCUUUCUUACAUCUAGAGCCACCGGAUAGCUCUGCAGAACACGACCCAUGGAUCGCAUUCAUUCGGUGCGACGUCAUGCUCUCACUCUCAGUCUCACUGUCCGGGACGGGCGGGAGGGUCCGCAGGUCAGUGGAGUCGAGUCGAGUCGAUAUCGCCAACCCAACCCAACGCCACGCAUCCACCGCAUCAUCCGCUUCAUCAGCACCGGCAAUCACACUCACACCCUUCGGUAUGACGGACGAACCAUCGUCGGAACUCCUCCCUCCUUCCUGAGGAUUGACCCCCGCCAGCCCCGUCAAUCAGAGGGUCCGGUAGCCCAUCACAACAUGCUCUACCCGGGCACACGGCGUAUAUGGCCGCUGAUGCCCUUGCUCACUCGUACCCUGGCGGAUGCGCCACCGUCCCAGUCCCUCAGUUGA